AGUGUGUGUGUGUAUAGAGUGUGUGUGUGUAUAGUGUUUGUGUGUGUGUGUGGCUGAACCGGCGGUACAGUGCCCCCUCUGGCGGCCGCUGGUGGAACUACAUAAACAGAGGCUUGGGGCGGUUCGUGUGGGCUCGGUGAAGCUCGGCCGGCGAUCCGGACCGGAGCUGCGGACCCGCGCGCUGUUCCGCCCCUUUACCCCCGUGUCCAGAGUCCAGCAGCGCGGCCCGCGGGAUGGAGCGGCAGGGGAAGGUGCUGUGUAUCGGCCUGGUGUGUCUGGACAUCAUUAAUGUGGUGGAUAAAUACCCGGAAGAGGACACGGACAGCAGGUGUGUAUCGCAGCGAUGGCAGAGGGGUGGAAAUGCAUCAAACUCCUGUACCAUCCUCUCCCUAUUGGGGGCGCCCUGUGCCUUUAUGGGUUCUUUAGCUCCAGGACCUGUAGCUGAUUUCGUUCUGAAUGAUUUUAAACAGUACAAGAUUGACGUCUCUCUCCUGCUGGAGCACGAGCACUGCUCCUUCCCCGCGUCUGUAGUAAUCAGCAAUCAGACCACAGGCAGCCGCACCAUCCUGCACAUGAACAGCUUCAUCGUGGGUGAUUUUGGUCGGCGUGGGGUGGACGUGUCGGGCGUGGCGUGGCAGUCGCGGGGUGAGACGCCGUGUGCUUGCUGUGUGGUGUGUCCGAGCACCGGGACGCGUACUGUCGUUCUCUCCGACACAAACCUGCCUGAUGUAACAGCUGAGGAUUUCUCAAAACUGGACCUGAGUCAGUAUAAAUGGAUCCACUGGGAGGGGCGUAACGCGGAGGAUCAGGUGAAGAUGAUCCAGCAGGUGAGGGAAUAUAACAGUAAGCUGGAGAAACAGAAGCAGAUCACUGUCUCCGUGGAGAUCGAGAAGACCCGAGAACCGCUCUACCAGCUGUUCCCUCACGGAGACGUGGUAUUUGUUAGUAAGGACGUGGCGGUACACUUCGGGUACCAAUCAGCCGCCAGCGCUCUGAAGGGGCUGUACAGCCGGGUGAAGCAGGGGGCGGUGCUGAUCUGUGCCUGGGCGGAGAAAGGGGCGGAUGCGAUUGGUCCAGAUGGAGUUCUGGUUCAUUCUGACGCUUUUCCUCCUGAGAAACUGGUAGAUACACUCGGAGCAGGAGACACUUUCAACGCCUCCGUCAUCUACACCUUAUCCAGAGGGGGGACUCUACAGGAAGCGCUCACAUUUGGUUGCCAGAUUGCCGGUAAAAAGUGCGGAUUCCACGGGUAUGACGGGAUCGUGCAGUGAACGCCUAUCAGAGGACUCAGGGCGAUCUGAUUGGACGAGGGAAUACUGGCUGCAGCACUGCGGAUGAUCUACAUCCCAUAAUUGUCAGUCAGCUGGUGAUCAGGUGAUCAGCAGUUGAUCAGUAAUUGAUUGAUAAUGAGGAGGAGCUGUUUUAAACAGGGGGAAUGAGGAUACUGUGGGUGAUCACUGUGAUUUAGAGCUUCUCUAACUGAGCCUAAAGUACCUGAGUACUAAUGUAAUUACAUUACAACCUAAUUACAUAGCCAUUACUGUAGUGGUAGUGUAAUUAACAGUGGGAAUAUAAUGUGAAUGAAGAAUGUGGUUUACAUGAGCUAAUAAACAAUGUUAAUUAUUGCACACAAA